AUGAAUCCCAGCAGAGGCUUAUGCAAUGGGACACGACUUCUUAUCAAAAAUUUACAUGAUAAUUUCAUAGAUUCUGAAAUAUUAUCAGGGACGCAUAAUGGCCAUCGCGUUUUUAUGCCUCGAAUUGAUCUUUCCCCGAGCGAUUCCCGGUUGCCUUUCAUAUUAAAAAGACGCCAAUUUCCUAUAAUUCCUGCUUUUGUUAUCACUAUAAACAAAAGUCAAGGUGAAACAUUCGACAAUGUCGGCCUCUUUCUUCCUGAACCUGUAUUUUCCCAUGGUCAGCUAUAUGUCGCUCUAACACGUUGCAGAUUUAAAAAAAUAUGA